CCAACUUCAAAAAGUCUUUGGACUGAAUUGUCAAAGUAACUUGCCCAGAACACAUCCACCAACCAAGAAAAUUCUCAAGUUAUAUUACAUACAUAUUUCUCAAAUCUUUGAAUCGAAGCUCAAACUCAUUAGCACCCACCAUGGCCACUAAAGAUGAAAAGAGGAGGUCAAGGGAAAGGGAGUACGAGGAAGUAUUGGUGGUGAUAAAAGAGAUGGUUAAUACUCUCAAUACUUCUUUAGAAGGGAUUGAAACUCAGCCUUUCAAUUCUGAAGAUUACAUGCGAUUCUAUACAGCAGUUUAUAACAUUACUAGCCCGCACCCAAUCCGCGAGUAUUCUCAGGAGUUAUAUGACAAAUAUAGGGAGAUAUGCGAAGAGCAUCUAAAUUCUAAGGUCUUGCCUUCUUUAAGAGGAAAGAGAGACCAAGAUUUGUUGCAAGAAUUGGUGAGAAAAUGGGCAAAUUACAAAACUAUGACUCGAUGGCUUUCAAGGUUCUUCCAUUAUCUCGAAAGAUACUUCAUUCCCAUUCGACAACUCCCUUCACUUCAAGAAAACAGCUUCAUAGCUUUCUAUAACUUGGUGUACGGUGAAAUAAAUGGACAAGUAAGAAACACUGUUAUAUCUAUGGUAUGGUCAGACACUGUAACUGAGUUUUCUGAGUUCUCUUUCCUAAUUGAAUCACUCGACUUCAUUCUAUAUGUAUUUAUGAACUUUGAUCUUCAGAUCAAUCAGGAACGCAAUGGAGAACUAAUUGAUCAGGAAUUGGUGAAAAGUAUUGUGACAAUCUAUGUAGAGAUGGGAAUAGAAUCAAUGAAAUAUUACGAGCAAGAUUUUGAAGAAUCACUGCUCAAGGAAAGUGCUGUAUUUUAUUCAGAAAAUGCCUCUAAAUGGAUGCAGAAUGAGCCCUAUGAGGAUUACAUGUUCAUGGUUGAAAAAUGCUUGAAGCGUGAGAAAGAAAUAGUUUCUUCUUACCUGCAAGCCACAACCCAAAAGAAGAUACUUCAGGUCUGGUCAGUUACUUCUAACGUUUGGAAAUGUGAAUUUUUGGCUUCUGAAUCUCAAUGCCAAACAGGGGGCUAGUGAUUUUUUUAUGUGGGAUUGGAAGCUUCAGCUUUUCAGGCCUGAUUUGCUGUUAAUUUCUUGAAGCAGGUUGUUGAAAAUGAAUUGGUCAGAAAAUGCUAGUGAACUUGAAGGAAAGAAAUGGUUUGGUGAUGAUUUCUGUUGGCAAAUGAAUCGAUUUUGUAUUAAGAUUGUUAGGCCAUUAAUACUUGUUUAAUGGACCAUAAUUUUUAUUACAUUUCAUUAUAUGUAACUAUAUUUUAACAAACACAUGUAUUGAAUAAAUUCAAUUCUUGCUGAAAAUCUCAAGCAAGUUAACCA